AUGUUGUACAACAGACCGCCAGACUUACGGUCCAGUAAUUACAGAACUCCGUUAUACAACAGACCACCAGACUUACGGCCCAGUAAUUACAGAAGUCCGUUAUACAACAGACCACCAGACUUACGGUCCAGUAAUUACAGAAGUAUGUUGUACAACAGACCAUCAGACUUAUGGCCCAGUAAUUACAGAAGUCCGUUAUACAACAGACCACCAUCCUUACGGUCCAGUAAUUACAGAAGUCCGUUGUACAACAGACCAUCAGACUUACGGUCCAGUAAUGACAGAAGUCCGUUGUACAACAGACCGCCAGACUUAUUGCCCAGUAAUUACAGAAGUCCGCUAUACAACAGACCACAAGACUUACGGUCCAGUAAUUACAGAAGUCCGUUUUACAACAGACCAUCAGACCCACUACCCAGUAAUUACAGAAGUCCGUUUUACAACAGACCACCAGACUUACGGUCCAGUAAUUACAGAAGUCCGUUUUACAACAGACCAUCAGACCCACUACCCAGUAAUUACAGAAGUCCGUUGUACAACAGACCACCAGACCUACUACCCAGUAAUUACAGAAGUCCGUUGUACAACAGACCACCAGACUUACGGUCCAGUAAUUACAGAAGUCCGUUGUACAACAGACCAUCAGAAUUACGGUCCAACCACAAAGACUUACGGUCCAGUAAUUACAGAAGUCCGUUGUACAACACACCACCAGACGUACGGUCCAGUAAUUACAGAAGUCCGUUAUACAACAGACCACAAGACUUACGGUCCAGUAAUUACAGAAGUCCGUUAUACAACAGACCACGAGACCCACUACCCAGUAAUUACAGAAGUCCGUUAUACAACAGACCACCAGAUUUACGGUCCAGUAAUUACAGAAGUCCGUUGUACGACAGACCAUCAGAUUUACGGUCCAGUAAUUACAGAAGUCCGUUGUACAACACACCACCAGAUUUACGGUCCAGUAAUUACAGAAGUCCGUUGUACGACAGACCAUCAGAUUUACGGUCCAGUAAUUACAGAAGUCCGUUGUACGACAGACCACCAGAUUUACGGUCCAGUAAUUACAGAAGUCCGUUAUACAACAGACCACCAGAUUUACGGUCCAGUAAUUACAGAAGUCCGUUGUACAACACACCACCAGACCUACUACCCAGUAAUUACAGAAGUCCGUUGUACGACAGAUCACCAGACUUACGGUCCAGUAAUUACAGAAGUCCGUUGUACAACAGACCAUCAGACUCACGGUCCAGUAAUUACAGAAGUCCGUUGUACAACAGACCAUCAGACUUACGGCCCAGUAAUUACAGAAGUCCGUUGUAUAACAGACCACCAGACUUACGGUCCAGUAAUUACAGAAGUCCGUUUUACAACAGACCACCAGACUUACGGUCCAGUAAUUACAGAAGUCCGUUGUACAACAGACCACCAGACUCACGGUCCAGUAAUUACAGAAGUCCGUUGUACAACAGUCCAUCAGACUUACGUCAAUUUCGGGAAGCUGAGAAACGGACAUGUCUGUCAUGUGUUGUCAUGGUUGUGUCCUUGGCAUGCUUGGGCAAGACACUAAAAUACCUACUUUCUCUGGAUGGUAUGCGACGCCGCCUCUCGUAUGUUUUUAGUGAGAUAGUCACCAACUACUACCAGGAAACCCCGCCUUAA